AGAAUUAUCUUAUGGCGAAGGUCUCGCGGAGCUCAACCCACGAGAGGUUUUGAAACGCUGUGGAAAUUUGAUGAAAGCUAAAAAGAGCCAUUCUGGUAGCCAAUCUUCUACUCCCAGCCGAGAUAUAGAGAACUCUCCUCCAAGCGGCACGACGGGUUCUAUUCCCAUCGUGCAAGUCGAUGUAAAGCCACCUUAUCUAUCUUCUUCUCCAACGGCACUUGCAUCAACAUCUUAUUUACCUAGUUCUACUCCACCGAAUGCACUAUUGAGAUAAGCUAUUGUCUUGUCAUUUUCAUGUAUAUUUAUUCUAAAAACGCAUUUUGGCUUGCGGCCAAUAAAAUUCUCAUUUGUUUUGCCUUUGCCAACUAUUCAACUUGGCUGUCCAUUCGAGCUUCUCUUUUUCUUAAAAAGAUAAUAACGUUACAAAGGUUAGAUCAUGUCAUUCAAUCUGGGUUGGGAAUUUUCCAAGGUUUUGCAAGUUCGUACGAGUUGACUGUGCGGUCGCAUUCAUGCCAUAAGUCACACGUCUGUCUUGUACUGAGUAUCUGCAAAGACUUUAGCUCGGUAGUGACAAGUACAAUGUGCGGUGAAUACUAGCCAGUCUCCUUGUCACCGAAUAAACUGAUGUUGCCCCUCUGACUGUUCAAGGCAUGUGGUGGACGUAAGUGGAGUUACCAUGUUUUUGAG